AUGUACUGCAUCUUAUCGGAUCUUGUCUCGUUGGAAAAUGUGAUUAAUUUUGAAAGGUAUGAGAAAGCAUGUCAAGUGGAGGAAGGUUGUAAAUGUGUGCAGCGAGUAACUGUCACAAAAUGCUGUUGUGUUGGUGCCUCAGUUGUUGGAAUACCUCAAAAUCUUAGUCAAGAUGUUCGCACACUAUUACUUUAUGGAAUUGCUAUCGAACAAAUCAAAGAGGAGGAUUUUCAUCGGUAUCCUUCGCUGGAGGAACUAGUGAUCGAAAGUUCUGAUUCGUUGACGCUCAUUGAUGCGAAUGCAUUUGCAAAUCUACAUAACCUCGGAAAGUUAUCAGUGAGUGGGUGCCGAAAUUUAAAAGAGAUUACGGGAACAUUGCUCAAGAACAAUACCAAAAUUUUAUCACUGUAUGUUUGGAUAGCAAGUGUUUGUAAUUCAAUAGACGAGUGCAGAUUUGCACUGAUGGCUAUUUUAAGACGUAUUAACAUAUUUACGUUUGAUAACUUCUUUGAUGAUAACGAUUUCAGCUUGCCACGGCUGAAAAUUAUGACUACUUGGAAUACAGUAAUCGCUUCUCUUAGUUCAAUAAUAAAUUAUUGCAGUAUAGUGGAGGAGAAUGGUCUUGUUCGAAUGCCACGGUUACGUAUGACUGAAAGGCAUCGUUUUGCGAUGGAGAUCAUCGAUUUUUCCCAUAAUGAAAUCGAGUACUUGGGUGAUGGUCAGAUCCGUUCGGUGCACUCAAACGAGUUACAUUUGAGCCACAAUAAAUUCCGCGAAAUCGGUGGUCACGCUUUCUUCGACUGUAAAUUCUCUUACAUAUAUUUAAACGACAAUGAAGAACUGAAACGCAUGUCGAUCAACACAUUCGCUGGAGCGUCACUCAUCCAAAAUCUUGAUUUAUCUCGAACGGCGAUCAGUGAGCUGCCCACAGUCGGUUUAUCGCAAUUGGAAAGAAUUACGCUCGAGGAUACUGAUAAUUUGAAGAAGUUACCAACAAUUCUGGCGUUCGCAUCGUUGAAAAAAGCCAAAUUCACUUAUCCAUAUCACUGUUGCCUCUUUAAGCAUGCUUCGAAAGAGAUCAAUCUUGCCGGCAAAGAAUUUACACAGAAUUUCGAGGAGAUCAAAUCGCGUGAAUGUAGCAAUAAAGCCGAAGAGUUGGCACGACUAAAUGCCAAAACAAAGGAUUUACGCAGUUUUCGAAGACUUUAUCGUCGCUAUCACCGACGGAAACGUGCCAUGGAGACGACCGAAGCUGCAGAUAAACCGCUGGAUUUGGCCGAUUUGUUUAUGUGGUUCGAUUCAGUGAACAGCGGUGAUGUUCUCAUCGAGGUCGGUGACGAUUCACCAGAGUUGGAUCCAGUAUUUAACGAUGAACAAGUUGGUCAGUUGACCAAUUUCAACUGUACCUCAACGGCGGUCACUGAUUUCUUUGCUUCAAUUCAAUGCUCACCAAUGCCAAAUGCACUUAAUCCGUGCGAAAAUGUUGUCGGCUUUCAAUUCCUGCGAUGGGCCAUCUGGUUUGUGUGGAUAUCUGCUAUAGUCGGUAAUAUUGGUGUUUGGAUCGUACUAGCAACUGUGCAUCAGAAACGUAUGCGUGUGCAUUACUUCUUCAUGGCUAACCUGUCUACGGCCGAUUUACUUACUGGUGUUCAUUUGGGCAUGCUGGCCAUUCAAGAUGUCCGUACCUCUGAUGAAUACUACAAUUAUGCGGUGAAUUGGCAGACCGGCGUCGGCUGUCAAAUCGCUGGCUUCUUAUCCGUAUUUGCGUCUGAAAUUUCCAUUCUUUCCAUGUUCUUCAUCGCCUUCGAAAUGUGGUAUAAUACAAGAAAUGCAAUCUAUGGUCGUCGACUGCGAGAACGGACAGCCUUACUGCUGAUGGUAUGUGCUUAUGUGUUUGCUUUCACGAUGGCCUUACUGCCUACUGUAGGUGUAUCGACUUAUACAAGUACAAGCGUGUGCCUUCCACUUUCCAUCGAGAACAUCUUCGACCGGAUGUAUUUACUGUUUGGGCUAUUGACCAAUUUAGCAGCAUUUAUUGGUAUGACAGUGUGCUAUGUGCUGAUCGUUAAAAUGCUUCGUAAUCCGGAUCAACCGUCCAGGCCGGAAGAUAAACAAAUCAUUGCAAAGAUGGCUGUUUUGAUUGCCACCGAUAUGCUUUGCUGGUUUCCGACACUUUUCUUCGGCAUCACAGCGACUCUAAAUAAACCGCUGAUCAGUAUAAGUGUAGCGAAAAUAUUUUUGGUUUUAUUCUAUCCGAUAAAUGCGUUCGCGAAUCCUUUUCUGUACGUAUUCUUCACGAAAGUGGUUCAAAAGAACGUGCGUCCAAGAGCGAUGUCAUUCUUGAAGCGUAUCUCACUGACAAACCUCACUAAUGAUCGUACUAUCACGUCGCUGAGUAAUUUUUAUCACUCACAACCACCAAAUCAUUGUAAAAUCGAUGAAAUUCGCCAUCUUUUCCAGACAACCCAAGUGACUGAUCUGGUUUCAACUCCACGUGGUUCGAACGCAUCAAGUAAUUGUCUGAAAGGUGGCACAUCAUCGAACGAAAUUUCCAGGCGAUCCACACCACGAGUCUCAUUCCAAGACGAUGUCAGCAAGUACGUAUGUGCAAAUCCACCGAAGCAUAAGGUGAUAUCCGGUCUGAAGUCACGCGUAUCGGCACCACCCGAGAUGAGCGACAUAUCCGAGCAUUCGAUAUCCGAGGAACAACACGAAAAACUUCUGAAGUCGUCGUCAACGAACGCCAUUAAUAAACCGGUGGGCAAACCAAUAGUGCAUGAGCAUCGUCAUCAUAAAUUCAGUGUGAUACGUGUCUAUGACUGA